GCCGUCACAGCUCGUUCUCGUUCGAAGCCCGUUGGUCGCCAUGUUUGUGAGGGGCGAUUCGUCCUUGUGAACGGGUAAAAUGCCAGAAAUACACGAUAUAUUUUAUAAUUUGUUCAUAACGUGAAGUACCAAAUUGUUCUUCAGAGUAUAAUUUUGAGUUUAGUGGUGUUUUUAAAGACGGAUGGUUAAGUUUUACGUAGAUAUUUUGUGAUUACAUUAUGAGUAAUCAGUGAUGAGUGAUGAUACUCCGGGGGCAGGGCAGGGUGCUCUGCCCCCGCGAGACAGCCAAAGCCUUCGGGCAACGGCAGAGCGCCCUACAACGAUGAGAUUAACGCAAGUCGGAGGUGGGCAGUACGUUUUGGCCACUUCUCAGCCCCACGGAACAGUGCCGGCUUUAGCCCAGAUCAGUGCUGGAGGUAGUAUAACUAGCGUGCAGGGAGGAGUGACUCGAAUUAUUAACAUAAGUCCUUCAAGAGGACAGCAAACAUCAUCAUCUUUAAGACCUAGUUUAACGAAUCAAUCUAUAGUGAACGUACUGAAGUCUCGGGGGAACUCGAACGUCAAAUUGCAUUUGUAUCAAAACAAUGAUUCCAGCUCAAAUACGACGCAAUCGGUUGUAUCUCAUCCUCGCGGCGGGAUCAAACGGGUAUCAUCAACGACCCCAGAAAAGAAAGAUUCGUUUUCAGUGAAAUACCAACGAGUAAUGAAUCAUAUGAUAGUGAGGUCAAAGUUCGUCAAAGAGAAGUAUGCAGAACAUUUGGUUGAAUCGUUCUACUUAGGAGCUGGAGGUAAUAUAUUGGAUCUGUAUCAGUACGCGAAAAGACCCAAAACGCAAGCUUAUUUAGCGUACAUGAAAGAACACGCUAUAGAUCCUAAAGACGUGUCUGAAGAACUAUCCAGUGUCACAAUCCCCCAAACUACCCCAAGCACUCCUUCAGCUACCGAAGUUACCUCCCUCCCUGGUUUGCUACCUAACGUGAACCAUCACACGCCCAGUACACCCACUACAACCACCACGGUUGUUCCGUCAACCCCUGAACCUGUAACACCAGUUCCAGCGAAAUCUUUAUCCACCUCCGUCAAUAGCCAAGAACAAAUUGUGGAAAAAGCUAAACAAGAGGCUUACGUAGUUCAGAGGAUAUCAGACCUACAAAAAGAUGGUCUGUGGUCUGAAAAACGGUUGCCUAAAGUGCAGGAGAUGUCCAGGACGAAAGCCCAUUGGGACUUUUUACUGGAGGAAAUGGUUUGGUUAGCGGCCGAUUUCGCGCAGGAAAGAAAGUGGAAGAAAGCCGCUGCCAAGAAAUGUGCCAGAAUGGUGCAGAAAUAUUUCCAGGACAAAGCUUUAGCGGCUCAGAAAGCUGAAAAAGCUCAGGAACAACAUCUCCGUCGGAUAGCGGCGUUUUGCGCCAAAGAAAUCAAGGUCUUUUGGGGCAACGUCGAAAAACUGGUCGAAUACAAACAAAAUACGAUUCUAGAAGAGAAAAGGAAGAAGGCUUUAGACCAACAACUCAGUUUCAUCGUCGAUCAAACGGAGAAAUACUCACAACUGUUAGCGGAAGGGAUGAAUAAGUCUGCCGUCGAAGUACCCUCAACGAAUAUAUCGCCGAAGUCUAGUUCGAGGCAUCAUUCGGACGACGAAUUCAACCCCGAUGCACAAAGCGAAGAAGACGAUGAAGAAACGAUUGAACAGGAAGAAGCUAUUCUAGAAACUGCGGAACAAACGGCGGAAGUCGAAGCACUACAACGGGAAUCUCAGCUGGAACUUGAUGACCUUCUCGAAGACGAUUUCUUGCGGAAUUACUUAUUGAAUCGAGAUAAAAUCCGACUCAGUGAGUCCGACGAAUCCGACGAUGAAAAGGAGGACAAGAAAAGUAAAGCGAGUGUUAGUAAAAGCGUCAAAGAACCAGUCAAAUCCGAUUCGGAGUCGGAAGACGAAAAUUCGGAAUCCGACGAUGAAAGCGGCGAAGAAAUGGAGACUUCGAUGGCUGAAAACCAAAGCUUAAAACUUCUAGUUGACGAUUCUCAAAAAGUCGAGGGAGAAAAGACAAAGACUGACGAAAAAGACGACCUGAUAAACGACGCCGCUAAAAUAGCGGAGAGUAUUCAGCCCAAAGGCAACACUCUGUCUUCCACAACCGUCUCGACGAACGUACCUUUCCUGCUGAAGUUGCCUUUGAGAGAAUACCAACAUAUCGGUCUGGACUGGCUUGUCACCAUGUACGAGAGAAAAUUAAAUGGUAUUCUAGCAGAUGAGAUGGGUUUGGGUAAAACCAUUCAAACCAUCGCACUUUUAGCGCACUUAGCUUGCGAAAAAAGUAACUGGGGACCCCAUCUCAUAGUCGUUCCGACUUCGGUCAUGCUGAAUUGGGAGAUGGAGUGCAAAAAAUGGUGUCCAGCCUUCAAAAUUUUGACUUACUAUGGUACUCAAAAGGAACGAAAACUUAAAAGGACUGGUUGGACCAAGCCAAACACCUUUCACAUUUGUAUAACGUCGUAUAAGUUAGUUAUUCAAGACCAUCAGAGUUUCCGAAGGAAAAAGUGGAAAUACCUUAUACUGGAUGAAGCUCAAAACAUCAAGAACUUUAAAUCGCAAAGGUGGCAACUGUUGUUGAAUUUCCAAACUGAGAGGAGGCUCCUAUUAACCGGAACUCCUUUACAAAACAACUUGAUGGAGUUAUGGUCUUUGAUGCAUUUCUUGAUGCCCAACGUGUUCCAAUCGCACAGGGAAUUCAAGGAGUGGUUUUCGAAUCCAGUAACUGGUAUGAUCGAAGGAAAUUCUGAAUACAAUGAUAGUAUUAUUAAAAGACUGCAUAAAGUACUAAGGCCGUUCUUGCUGAGGAGGUUAAAGUCCGAGGUAGAGAAACAAAUGCCCAAGAAAUACGAACACGUGGUUAUGUGUCGGUUAUCGAAAAGGCAGCGGUUUUUGUACGAUGACUACAUGUCAAGGGCCAAGACUAGAGAGACAUUAGCCAGUGGGAACUUGCUUAGUGUAAUUAAUGUUCUUAUGCAGUUGCGGAAAGUGUGCAAUCAUCCGAAUUUGUUCGAAGUCAGGCCUACCAUAUCUCCGUUUCAGUGCGACAAUAUUAAAAUUCACAUUCCUUCUAUUGUAUAUUCAGCUUUGCAGUACGACGUGUUUAAGCACGUCAAUUUGUACGGUAUGAAUUUUUUACUAAUAAUGUUAGAGAUGCACCUGGGAGCCUAUCAGUGUUACCGUAUGCGACAAUCGGCGAAAAGAGACUUAAAUUCCAUUAAAUUCGUGGAACAUAAACCGCUGUGUCCGCCUAGUAAAUUAAGUAUGAAAGUGAAAAUUCGAGACAAGACGGAAAUCAAGCAGGAGGAUAAAAAGGAGGUGCCUACCAAGACUACCACCGUCACAACACAGCCCAACAUGAAAAUGAAGCUGUCUGGGGUGCAGCUAGUCACACAGGGGAUAGUUAAAACUAUUCCUUUGGUAAAUAUAUCUCAAGCUGGUGGACAAGUGCAAGUAGGAGCACCAAUAAACGUAUCUUCAGUUUUGAAGCCUGCCGAUAAGUUAUCUGCUAGUUUUGCUCAGUUAGUGCAGACUUCGACGGGGAAACACCUGUUGUUAACAUCAAAUCCUAAUAUAACGGGAAAUAUUCCGGUGACAUCAACAUCAGCAGGUGGUCAAAAACUGACGUUCUUAUCCAAACAACCGAUCUCGGCUUCGGGCAACGCCAAAUCCAUCACCAAAGCCUAUGUCAAGUUCCAGCUGAACUCGGUCACGACCGGCACAACCACUUCAACCUCGAACUCAACUGCCUCGAUACUGGCCAAAGUGGAGGACGGCCUCAGGCCGGUCAGUUCGAAUUUUUUAGGACAACUUUAUUCAAAACAAAACAAUUUAGAUGUUCGGUGGAAAAAGGAUGAGAAAAGGAGUGGCGUGGCGGACAUAUCCAGAGCAGAUUAUAAAAGGAGAAUGCAGCUGAUGAGGCGGGUCAAUGAACGACGCUGCUCAGCUCUUCCCUUAUAUGGAAAGGACUUUCAAGACGUGAUAAAAAUUUUCAAGCCAAAUAAGGACGCCCCCUGGUCCGGGGGUUACAUAAAUUGUUUGAACGCCCUGUUUUCCAAAAACGUGGACGAGACGACCAGCUUCCUGUGCGACACUCUGUACAGUCCGGAGAGGCGUAUCCAGCAAUUAAAAGAUAUUUGUGAUAGGUUUAUAUUUUAUGUACCUGCAGUCAAAGCGCACGAAACGGAAAUCAGGGUCUGGCAUCCGCCUCCUAGCGAGUACUGGAUGCGCAAAGAAGAAAAACAACUCAUUCAGCGAUUAUUCUCCAAACCGGCAACGCCCUUGCAUCAUAUUGCUUCAGCCAUGGUCACCCAAUUCCCCGAUCCACGACUUAUUCAAUAUGACUGUGGAAAACUGCAGACUUUGGACAAACUUCUUCGACAUCUGAAAACGGAAAAUCAUCGCGUUUUGCUAUUUACUCAGAUGACCAAGAUGUUGGAUGUGUUGGAAGCAUUCUUGAACUUCCACGGGCAUAUUUAUUUGAGGCUGGAUGGUACAACGAAGGUUGAUCAACGACAGGUGCUGAUGGAACGAUUCAAUGGAGACAAACGGAUAUUCGUCUUUAUUUUGUCAACGCGAUCUGGUGGUGUGGGUGUGAACCUCACCGGUGCAGAUACAGUUAUUUUUUACGAUUCAGACUGGAACCCAACCAUGGACGCUCAGGCUCAAGACCGUUGUCACAGGAUUGGUCAGACCAGGGACGUCCAUAUUUACAGAUUGGUUAGUGAAAGGACCAUAGAAGAGAACAUUCUCAAGAAAGCCAAUCAAAAGAGAUUGUUAGGAGAUCUAGCCAUUGAGGGUGGUAACUUUACAACAGCCUAUUUCAAAAGCACGACAAUUCAAGACCUGUUUACUAUCGAUAACAGCGUGGAAUCUGCAGCACAAAGAAUGUCGGAAAUCCUAGAUAGCCGGAAAGAGAAAGUUGUAGUUAGUGAACCGGCAACGCCGCAAGGCGACGAAAAAUCCGCUAUUGGUGCUCUGGAAAAUGCUCUGGCGGCUUGUGAAGAUGACCAAGACGUUCAGGCUGCUAGAACAGCUAAGGCUGAAGCUGUAGCUGAUUUGGCAGAGUUUGAUGAAAACAUUCCUUUGGAUCAAGAGCCUGAAAAAGAACCGGAAAUCAGUAAAGCAGAACAGGAAAUCAAUAACAUCAUUGAAAAGCUGUCGCCAAUCGAAAAGUACGCGAUGAAGUUCAUCGAACAGACGGAAUCCGCCUGGUCAGCCGAACAACUGGCCGCUGCUGAAAGACAGAUCGAAGAACAGAAACGCGAAUGGGAACAGAACCGGAUGGCAGCCAUGCGCGAAGAGGAGGAACGAAGAGCCAAAGAACUGGAACAGGAGAGCGAAAUCAUCACCUACACUCGCGAGGACGCCACCAACCAGGUAUGGGUUUCUGAUAACACCAUGGAACAAAUGCCGAUGUGGUGUCCACCAACUCCUCCCCAGCAAGAUACCGACGUCUACAUGGACCAAACCAUGUCGUUCCUCUACGACAACAAUGUCAUGUCUGAGUCUCAACUGCCGCCCAUUUACGUCAAAAGAGAAACUAAACGCCGACUAGAUCCAUCCUACGGUAUAGACUGCAGACGCCCGUUGAAAAUACCUAGAAAAGAGGAAGUCUCCAACGCACCGAAAUCUUUGUUCCAUUCACCGGCCCUGAUGAAAAUGAGACGCGAUCUCAAACUUCAGAAAUAUCAGAGGGGUUUGAUCAGACCGUCACUAGCGAUACCUGGGAAAUCUAGUUCAAAAAGUUCUGAGCACUCGUUGUACCACAACUGGACGAUUCACGAAGAUAUGGCUCUUUUGAAGGUGAUACAGACCUUUCAACGUUUGCCGCUGGACUUGAUUGUAACAAUGCCUGGGCAGACGCCAAAUUGGGAUUUCGUAGCUGAUUAUGUCAAUUCUGUCUCCGUUACGUACAGGUCUGCCAAACAGUGCAGACAAAGGUAUGAAACUCAUCUGAUUCACAUCGAAGAAGGCAAAUACGCAGCCUUGGAUAACGCGAUGCGCAAGAAGAAAAAAUCUGGCCAAUUACAAAAGGUAUCUUUACCAAAUAAGUCCAGACCUUCCAUGCGCACGCUCCAGUUAUACAACCAGGACAACAACGCCACGUUCACACAGCUAUUGGUUGACAGAUACGAUAUUUUGAAAUCCAUAUCGAACAAGCGCAUGCCCACUACAAGGACGGUAGUGAACAAUCCUUUGAUGAACAAAACCAAGAGCUCGCAUGUGCUUAAGGAGUGCGGUAUCGACUUGGAACACCCUAUAUCUCCGGUAGAGGUGGCAGCUAGACGAGCUGAGCGUAUAGCUAAAGAGAAGAAAACUGUAACUAGCGAGCAAAUGGCAAAGCUGCAGCUGAUGAAACUAGCUAAUCAGCAGAAUCAGGCGUCUUCUUCCACAGCUUCUACGUCAAAUCAGACGUCACAGUCUACUUCGGGAGUACCUGUAGUGGCUAUUUCCACGACGCAAGUUGUGGUUUCACAGUCACCUGUAGUGGUUACUACGACUGCAGUGGCGGCGACUACACCAGGGACCUCACCAAGUACAUUGAGAACUCAAAAAAUAAUCGCAUCACCUCUUCAGACUUCAACUGUUGUUUCUGGUCUGAGUCCUGCGCAGCUUCAAGCUGCCACCCAGCGGCUCAUAGUGACAGCUGGUGCGGCAGGCCAAGCAAAAACCGUCGUUGGCAAUGCUGGAGUAUCCGGUAAACAGUUGAGUCAAGCUCAGCUUCAACUGAUUCGACAGGCAUCGCUUAAGUCUCAUUUGAGAAUAGCGAAUAGUUUAUCUCAAGUUGGCAAGACUUCCACUGUAACCAUUGGCGGACAACAAGCAGUGGUACAGUUCACGCAGGCUCAGCAACCAAGAGCUCAGUUUGUUAGGCAAGGCACGGUCACUGUCGGUGGGAAAGCAGGCGUGACAAGAACUGUCACUGACAGUGAAGUGGCGCAGUUACUCAAGAAGCAGCAUCAGCUUCAGCAACAGAAGCUUGCAGCUGCUGGAAACGCACAUGCGGGUAAUUCAAGUGGGGGUGGUACAAUUCACGGGUUGUCGCCUCAAGUUUUUGCGCAGGCUAUUCAGCAAGCUAGUAGUUCCGGUACUCAGGUAGCUACAUUGGUUAAAGCUGUUCCUAGUUCGUCAGGAACGAGUCAAACCGUAACGAUACCUGUAACAGGAGUUACACUUACCACUCCCGGUGCCAAGACUAUAGCUCCGCCCAUCAAAUGCACUACGCCCCAAUUUCGACAGAUGCAAAUCCAACAGCAGCUCCUGGCCCAAAAACGACUGGCAGCAGGUCAGAAGUUGAGCAUAGCCCAAGUAGGAGGCAAAAGCAACGUCCAAACUCAACUGAUUGUGGGCUCGAAGCCUCUGUCCACCGCCAUGACAGUUCAGCAAUUCCAACAAGUGAUCAGGGCUCCGCUGAACGUUUCUCAGACUCCUGUGGUUUUAGCAAAGGGUACUCCAAGGGUUAUACCAGUUAAUACUGGGCAAGGCACCAAGCAGACUAUUCAGGUUGUGGCAGCUACAUCGCAAGGUCUGGGUGCUGCUCUUAGACCGCAAGGUGCCACUACAAUAGCCGGCAUAAAGCUACAGGGUGCUACGAGUACGUCUCAGCAGGCUCUGUUAUCUCAAGUGUCUGCCGCUUUAAGUCAGAGUGCUGCAAGACAGAAUAGUCCAGUUCGAAUCCAGACUGCCAGUGGCCAGCCGAUUGUCGCCGUGACUGUACAGUCUCCGUCACAAGCUGGCCAAUCGCCAUCCCCAAAUCCCGAUCAAGUAAGUAGGUUUUUGAAGAAAUAACCUGCUAGAACGGAAAUAGCCACUUGCUUGAACAUUUAUUCUUUUUGUGUACGUCUUAC